GUAUAAACGAUGAUCCAGGGCCCAGGCACGGAGGCACCCAUACCGUGAACUAUAAAUACCUGAUUUCACCGUCGGAGGUCUUUUAAGACAGCAUAGGAAUUAGGAUUGGUUAAAAGGGCGGGAGUCGGGAGCCCUAGCGGUUGGAGUUGUUGAAAUUUGCAAGAGGGUUUCAAAAUAUAGGUGGAAAUAGGUUUCAAAUUCCGUGAGGAGGGAAUCGUAGUUUUUAGUCUCAAGUUUCGAAAUUUUGCGCGUAGAUGGAAUCAGAUGGGCAACGAACUUCGUCGAACCCUUCGGCCAUGCUUGCAUCUUUAAUGAGCAAAAGGGAAAAGCUUCACCUAGAGCUUCGAAACAUAGAAAAACAGGUCUAUGAACUAGAGACAAGCUAUUUACAAGAUUCAAAUCAGUGUGGGAAUGUAUUGAAAGGUUUCGAAUGGUUCCUAUCGGCUUCCAAGAGCAUGACCAAUCUGAAGCGGUCUAGGAAGUUCCAACCUGAAGAUAGGCUUUUUUCAUUGUCUUCAGUUACCUCACAAGCAGCUGACGAACAGCUAGUUGGAAGAGAUGGAAUGCCUUUUCUUUCUUUUGUUCUGUUAGAUGGAAGAUCAGAUUUUGGUCCAAGACGGUCAAAGGGUGGAGGUACACCUGCAAAUGGACAGGGAAAACCAAAGAAGGGUCGAACAGCCCCAAGGGAUGGGAAGAGAAUCAGACCAUCUAGUGAACAUGAUCUUGAUGAGGAAGAUGAUCCUGAUUUGAGCUUGAUGUAACUACCUUCGUGGGCUGAGAGCCACUGAAAAGUCCAACAAAUUAGAGGCAGAAUGGGAUGUGUUUGCUCUCUAAUCCAUUCCUAGAUAGAGAAGUAAGGUUCACGUGAAGGAAGUUCAUUAUAUCAAUUGUAGAAAUCCCUUUUUCAAGACAUUACUCUUUUUAAGUUCCUUUCUUAUAUCUAUUGUAGAAAUUCCCUUUUCAAGACAUACUAUAUUUCUAUUUAAGCUAAAUAUAGAUGGCUGAAGUGAUAAUUUUGUAAACAUUUUGAGAAGAUGGAAGAAAAUGAAAUGUUUCGUUUUGUUGCA